AUGUUUGCAACCUCGUCCGGCGGCCUUUCGCGAUGGUACACAGCCACCUACCUCGGCGCGAUCAUCUCGUACUGCGUCGUAGUCUACAAAUCCUUCGGAGUGCCUCAGCUCAACAAGGCCUACAUCCAGCGCGCCUUGAUGGACGAAAACGUCCAGUACCUCUUCCUCGCCGUGUACUGGUUCAUGUCGAAACCCAUCUUCAUCACGCUCGUCCCUUUCGUCACGUUUUCGCUCUUCCACGUGCUCACCUUCCUCCGAACAACCGUCAUCCCCAUCGUCUUUCCAUCUGCGUCCCCGGCACCAGGCGCUAACCAGGCCGCUGCUGGAGGUGCGCCUGCCACCCAACCCGCCGCACCACCCGCCAAGAUCGCCAAGUUCGUCCAAGCCUGGGUCAAGGCCAACUACGAUCCUGCCAUGCGAUUCGUCGCCUACGCCGAAGUGGCCAUCUUUGCUAGGGUGCUGUUUGGAGCCGUGCUCUUCCGCAACUCCUUGAUGGCGCCUCUCUUCUACGCUCACUUUUUGCGUUUGAGGUUCUACAUGAGCUCCUUCACUCGAGCCGCUUUCCAACACGUAAAGAGCGUCUUGGAUGGGUACACACAGCACCAGAGUUGUCCACCGGUGGUGAGGAAGGCGUACUUGACCUUGACGGAUCUGAUCAGCAGGUAUGCGAGCUCGGUGCUGUCGGUGCAAAACCCGGGGGCGGGACAGCCAGCGGCGGCAGCGGGGGCGGGGGGUGCCGCGAAUCCGAAUGCCGCCGGUGCGGCUGCACCGAGGAGGUAG